AUGUUAAAACACUCAAAAUGCCAUUGGGUUCAGAAGAGGCAGUGGGCAAUGACGAUGGCAGCAUCCUAUAUCACACCCCACAUGGGCACUUGGUUGUGAGAUGGGAGGGCGGGGCACCAUGGAGCUGGACGUCCGAGGGAGAGAGAGAAGCAUCAUACCUGGGUUCGCGUACGCCUUACUAUUCUCAUUGUCACUAUCACUCUCUCUUUCUCUAACAACAACUAAAAAAAAAAUACCCCCUUCCCCCACCAAUCCUCGCAUGGUCUUCAAUUUCUUCCCCAUACACAUUGUCUUGUCUGCCUUUGCAAUCAUAAAAAAGCGCCAGCAGCUGGUUUUUCGUUCGGUUCCUCUUUUCUAUUUUAUCGUUUUGGUUUUCGUGCUCUCACCUACCGACGCAUUCAAUCCAUACUUACGCACCCAUUCACUCACCUCAUACACUCCUACAGUGCGAGUAGCCAAAAGACAAGAGCUUCCAUCAUCAUCCUCAGCCUCAACAGAACUACCGUUAUCAUCAUCCUCAUCUGUGCUCGCAUGCAGUCAUGGCAAUAAUGCCCAUCGCCCCGAAUACCUUGCAGAGUCCGCCAUCGCUAGAAUCUCCCUCAGCGACCAAGGCCAUCAAGACGACUCCUCCGUCCAGGACCAACUCCCAGCCUCUCUAUGAUAAAGAUCUCCCGCCAACACCAACCUCUUCGAGUCAUCUAGGCCCGCCAGAGGUCGGUGCCUCAACUGAAGGCCAAGUCCUGUCACAACAGAGCGAUUCUCUCAACCACUCCUCAAUCCCUCACCAUCUGUCUUCCAGUCCCAGUCCCAGUCCCAGU